AUGGACUCGGCGGUUGGAGAGCUUGUAGAUGCAGUGCGUGCAGACGUACGAGCACGCCUUCUUGAUUUACUUGAUGAGGUGACCGGCCGCAAAGUGCUUCUGCUUGACAGUACCAUUGUCGGACCGUUGGACCUAAUUGUCAGCCCAAGCGACCUCAAAGAUCACGGUGUCCAGCAAUGGCACAAACUUUCCGACCAAACCGUCGCAUCAGAUUGCUCGCAGAUGAUCUUUCUCGUGCGAUGUGCUCGGAUCGAGCUCGUGGACAUGCUGGCGAAACAGAUCCAUGCUGACGAAAAGGAAAAGAAGGAACGGCUCUAUGUGGCAGUCUUCGUGCCGAACAAGACGGAGGAGUGUGUCCAGCGUCUUGCCGCAAGCAAUGUCAAAGCCAAUGUGCGCAUCGCCGAGUGUGCCAUUCACCAUUUCCCAUCGGACAAGGAUGUUCUCUCCAUGGAGACCCCCAGACUGUACCAUGACUUCCAUGUGCUGGGCGAUCCAUCCGGUCCCUUCUACGCAGCACAGGCUUUGAUGUUCUUGCAGCAAAAGUUUGGCACCAUCCCAUCCGUGCAUGCCAUUGGCGGAGCCGGCCGCGUCGUGGUCGAAGUGAUGCAGCGAAUAAGAAAGGAGGACCAAGCGGGGCAGGCCAAGCGGUCAACGCUUGGUGGCAAAGUCGAGAUGAUUCAGCCAGGAGUUCCUCCAGUUGCACCGAGUCCAAAAGGGGCUGCUGCCAUCAGGCGUCGCGAGGAAGCGUCACAGACGUCCCCUGCUUUGCAGGCCAGUGCAUCACCAGAGGUGCAAGAAGCCAAGCCCUCCAAGAUCAGCGAGUUGGUGGUCAUCGAUCGUCGGGUUGACCUCUUCUCUGUACUAUGUUCCCAGUUCACCUACCAGGCCCUCAUCGAUGCUACAUAUGGUAUUCAAAACAACUUGAUUGACAUCAGCAAUGCCGCCUGGGCCAAGGAUCGGGGAAGCUCCAAUUCGACCGUGAAACUGUCUCCGGACGAUCUCUUCUAUCAGGAGAUCCGCGAUUUGCACAUCGACAAGUUGGGGCCGUUGUUAGAGGAGAAAGCACGCGCUGUUCAACAGACCUAUUCAGAGAAGGACAACGUCAAGAACAAAAGUGCCAGUGACAUGGCCGAGUACAUCAAGAAGUUUAAGACUGCCCAGUCCGCGCAUCCCCUCUUGGAGAUGCACAUCAACUUAGCCCAUGCCCUCAAAGACAAGAUUCAGACUGAGGACUACAGGCAAAUGCUCAAGCUGGAGGACGAAAUCACUGCGCAAAGCACCAGCUCCCAAAGCUGCUUAGACCUGGUAGAGGACAUCAUGGAUGAUCAGAAGCCAUUUCACGAGGCUUUGAGGUUGCUGUGCUUGCUAUCCCUGGUGAACAAUGGCAUCAAGGCCAAGCAGCUGGACCAGCUCAAGCGAACCUUCCUGCAGUCUUACGGAUUCGAACACAUGCUCACCCUGGCGAACAUGGAGCGAGCCGGUCUUCUGCGCUACCAGCAGGGCAAGUCGGGCUGGAGCACCAUCAAGAGGCAGUUCAACCUUUUCGUGGAGGAUGCUGCGGCAGACCAGGACAUCAGCUAUGCUUACAGCGGCUACGCACCUCUGAGUGUGCGACUGGUGCAGAUGACCAGGAGCCAGCCGAAAGGUUGGAUAGCUCUGAAAGAUGCCCUGAGCCUGCUACAUGGCCCCGCGCAGGAGCUUCAGCAGCCGGAUUCGACCUCGGCAAGGGAGCAAGAUCCCAACAAGCCCUCGAUCGUGUUGGUGUGCUUCCUCGGUGGUGUUACAAGUGGAGAGAUUGCGGCGCUCCGCCGACUCUCCGAGCUUGAGGAUGGCCGCCGCAGAUUCUUAAUCAUGACCACGGAGUUCAUCAACUCGAAGAAGCUCUUUGAGUCCAUGCGCAAUGAGGACGUCUUCAAGCAGCCUCCCGUUGAGGGUAGAGCAAGGCCACAGGAGAGGUCGAGAGGGUUUGGGUUCUGGCCCACGAACCGAUGA